CGCUUCUACGACUUGCGCCAUGGGCACCCCAUCAACCAGUGUCACAAAGCCCUGCCAUAAUCGCAGCGGGUAAGGAGCCUUCCGAGCUUCCCCAGGGCCACGACCGAGCCAGCCAGCCAUUGAAGAGGUCACCGUUACCGCUGGUCGCUGUCCGGUGCAACCGCCGGUCGCCUCAGCGCUCGGGCUUUGUCUGGGCUGAGGCCGCGUCCCCUUGUCCUUCUUAUGUGCCUAUGUGCUAAGAUAGCAACACUUUGUAAACACCAAGGAUGUUUGCCUUUCCAGCCACUCACGAGACCUUCCCAAGUCUCAAGCCUCAGGAGCAGUUAAGGGAUCCUUGAAACAUCUUGAAGGAUCCUCCAUGACCAUGACGGAGAGAAAUACUGACGCGAGCUAAGCGCUACAAUGAUCAUGGCGGACGAUGUUGUGAGGACGACAGCAUAUAUAUAAGGAGACCAACACACUUCCCUCCAUCCAUCCACCAUCAUAAUCAACUCAAACCAGCUCAAAUACACUCAAAACCAUACGUCCCUGGAGGAUCUUCAUUUUCAAAACACACCCGUUUAGUUCUUUUUUCCUAUUCGAUUCCUGAAACCAGCUCAUUUCCGCUCAAUACCCUAAUCCAUACCAACCAACUGACAAUCUAUCAACCAAUCACAAAACCAAAAAUCAAACAGACAAAAUGCCUUCUCUCAGCAACAUCCUCCUUGCCGCCACCCUGGCUUUCUCCUCCGCCUGCUCUGCCAAGACCAUCCCCGUCAAGGUUGGCGAGUCCGGCCUGACCUUUGAGCCGGCGAACAUCAAGGCCGACGUCGGCGACAUUCUCGAGUUCUGGUUCUACGCCCACAACCACAGCGUCGUGACCUCCACCGCGGCCAAGCCCUGCGAGCCCAAGACCGACAACGGCUUUUACUCUGGUUUCUUCCCCGUUGCUCAGACCGGUGUUGCUUCUGACAACGUCUUCCGCGUAACAGUCAACUCCACCACCCCUCUGUGGUUCUACUGCUCCCAGGGCAAGCACUGCCAAGCUGGCAUGGUCGGCGCCGUCAACGCCAAGAGCACCGACGAUUUUGACAAGUUCAAGACGGCGGCCAAGGCGGCGGCGAGCAACGUGACGCCUGCUGGUGAUGUCUUUGGUGGUUCCGUUGCCAAGGCCUCCUCCUCGUCUGGUUCUGGUUCUUCCGGUGGCAGCAGCAGCACUACCCUCGUUCCUGUCCACAGCGGCAGUGCCUCGGCCUCGGGUGCUUGGUCGUCUGCUACCUCUUCUACCAUGCCCACUAGCGGUGCUGGAGCUGUUGGUGUCUCUUUCAGUGUCUUGGUUGCGGCGCUUGGGUUUGCUCUUGCCUAAGAGGGUUGAAUCUUGGUUCAUGGUUUAUGGUAUCCUUCUGAGCUGAUGAUGAUGGAGGGGAAUGGGAAAAAUAAACAAAACGACCAAUCUGAAGCUCUCCCUGGUGGAGACCGGAUGUAUGUUAAUAAUGUGUUAUUUGAACUGGUUUUGAGCA